AUGGAGGUUGUGUCUGCAGCAGAGACUAUAAUGGCAAACCCUUCAUCGAGCUACAGUCAUGAGUCAAAUCUGACAUCAUCGUUACUCUCAGAGGCAUCAGUAGCUGCAGUGACCACAUCUGCUAUGGAGCCUGCACUUAAUUUGUUAACUGUUCAGAAUCAGACUGGGCAGUUCAUUAUUCAGCAGCCUUUUAAAACAGUAAUGAAUGGCCCCUCGUUAGUAAACAACGGAGCUACACUUUCAAAGAGUCACAUUAUAGUAAGGCAGAAACCAGGCUCCACUAGCCAGCAGAUGUUAGUUUCUGCACCAUCUUCCGUUAUUGAAGACAUCACUUCUCUAGAGAAAUCAGGGCUGAAAAGACCCCAUGGAUCAUCUGGCAGCAAUGUUAUCACUAAAGUUAUAAUUACUAAAAAUCCUUUGUCUGGACAGCCCCAACCAUUUCCGGCCGGGUCCUCGUCCCAGACAAUCACAUUGACCUCACUACCCAGCAGCAGUAGCUUGAGUUCAGACAGUAGUGGAGGCACUUCACCCACCAAAACAGUGACACUGACAUCUCAAGGCAUCAUGUCACCUGUGAAAACUGUCAUUGCAACGAUCCCUGGUACAGGUAUCCCAAAAAUCAAUUUGCCGUGCCAUAAAAUACCAAUCUCUCCUGCAAAAACACCUACCAAAAUUACCAUGAUUCCUGUGUCUAGAUCGCCUAACAAAUCAAUCAGCUCAAACAUUACAGUAUUGUCGCACGCCUUGAAUACUUUAGCCCAAUCUGGUAGUGGCCCUUUAAAGUCAGGAUCUCCUUCCAAAGUGAUCAUCAAGCAGGGUCCAGCACCAUCAGGUUCUUCAUCCUUCAUGCUGAAAACACAAUCUCUCCCAACUCUGGCUCCACAAACGACACAGUCUGUCAGGUCAUCGCAGAUAGUCCAUGCUGUUAUGGCCCCACAGGUGACUCAGGGCAUGCAGCCAGUUGCUAUCAGUAGUGCUGGGUCCGUGCAGCAGAUUCAGGUUCCUGGCAGUCGAUUUCACUAUGUACGAUUGGUUUCACCUGUCAGCAAUUCACUUGCAGCUAAAUCUGAUUCAGGAGAAACCACUCAUAUUGUUCAAACACCGAAGAAUGCAUUACCAAUAACAAUUACAAAAGCAACCAGCACAAAUCAAGUCAAGAUAACAUUACCCUUUCAGCAGCAGAAUGCAACUCUUGCUCCCAAACCUGCGAUACCAGUGAGCCACAGCACCCAAGGUGUGCACCGGGUUAUUCUUCCUGCCACCUCUUCAGUCAGUGUACAGGGCAGUGCAACAACAACCUUGGCCACCAUUCAGCCAGCACCUGCAGCAAGUGUGAGUCAGCUACUUUCUGGAACAACCAUUUUGUCUGCAGCAAAUAGUCAUCUUCAAGGCAUUCAGAACUUUGCUUUGGUACCUGCAUCUUAUGUAACUCAGCUUCAGCAGCUCAACAAGCCACAGUCAGCACAAGAAACAUCAUCACAGUCGGCACAACGACAAACCAGGGACUACAUACCAAUAGCCAGUAUAGAUCCCGCAGUCACCCAGUACACAGUUUCUCGAAAUGUUCCAAACAGCAAUGGGCCUACAUUAGAAGCAACAGGUGCCCGGCCAAGAAAACCAUGCAAUUGUACCAAAUCUCAAUGCUUGAAGCUAUAUUGUGACUGUUUUGCAAAUGGUGAAUUCUGUCAAAACUGUAAUUGUACCAGCUGUGCUAAUAACUUGGAACAUGAAGAAGAAAGAUCUAAAGCUAUCAAAUCUUGUCUUGAUAGAAACCCACAAGCAUUUCAUCCAAAAAUAGGCAAAUCUAAGGAUGUAGAGGGAAACAGGCGGCACAACAAAGGCUGCAAUUGUAAACGGUCUGGCUGCUUGAAGAAUUAUUGUGAAUGUUAUGAAGCUAAAAUAAUGUGCUCAAAUUUCUGCAAAUGCAUUGGCUGCAAAAACUUUGAAGAAAGUGCAGAGCGCAAAACAUUAAUGCACCUGGCAGAUGCUGCAGAAGUCCGUGUUCAACAACAGACGGCAGCAAAAACCAAGCUGUCCUCACAGAUAUCAUGUGUGCCAUCAAGACCACCAGCAGCGACAGCCAGUGGUGAACGACUUCCUUUUGCCUUGAUAAACUCAGAUGUUGCUGAAGCAACUUCAGCAUGCCUGCUGGCACAGGCAGAAGAGGCAGAGAGAAUGAAGAUGCCACCAGUUGUCCAAGAGAGGAUGAUCAUUGAAGAAUUUGGCCGCUGCCUCAUGCAAAUAAUAGACUCCGCAAAUAGAACCAGAACAUCCAAUAGUGUGGCUUGA